GUACCUUAUUGAAAUUAGGGCUCAUUUCUAAGUACAUAUUGCACAGCAACUUGGAUAACAGAACAUUAUAAAAGUCUUAAUUCUGUAUAACAUAAAAGUAGUUACUUCCUAAUAUUUAUAAGGUGCACUUAUUAGCUUGUACCAUGGAAAGAUUUAUAUUUAUAUUUCUCGCCCUGAUUCUGUCCGUGAUUGGAUUCUGUUUAUGCGACAGAUUAUUUGCCGGACUACAUCCCUGGAUAGUAGCAAAUCAUAGCGCAUGCAUGUCAGGGGGUAAAGCACUCAAACUUCGUCAUAAAGGCUGGAGAACUAGAUGUGAAUCCAACCACAAUUGGACAGCAAAUCACUCAAUUGAUGCGUUGCAUCAUCCGAUCUACACCGUGAGCUGUGUGAACAAUGCAAUUUCCAAGAAACGGGGACAUAUUUGGUUUGGGCCGGAAUUGAAGAAUGGUCACCCAAGCUCUAUUAAUUAUGAAACUAAACUUGAAGAGCUUGACGCAAUGAGCGUGGCCUACUCCACGGGCGAAUUCAUAGUCAUUGAAGCCACUGAUUUUGGGAUAGUUUAUUACAUCCAGAUUAAAACACCCGACCCACAUUCGGCAUCAUGCUACAAAUUGGUCAAUAAUAAAAGUCCGAACAUUACGCUAACGAGGGAUACGAAGUGUUAGCGUUGUUAUUUGCUUUACUUUGUGUAAGAAGUGUUGACAAAUAAAUCUCGUUUUAACCA